CGACACCUGGAGGACACAUCAAAAACCGCUAUUGCUCCCUAGUGAUCAACUCGCUUGGAUCAAUCCAAACCCAAACCCAAUUACUGCUUGUCAUCUGAUAUCCCUCCCCCCAAAAUGGAUACCCAAAAACCAGAGACAAAACCAAUCAUCAUAGCAAUGAAAGGCCAUCCCGGAACGGGCAAGACCACUCUUUCCCGUUCUUUAGCCAGACUUCUAAAUCUCCCCCUUUUGGACAAAGACCAUUUCCGUGACUGUACCCAAGCCAUCCAACUCGCACUCCUCAGCCACUCCACCCCGGCCGCGGCCGCCGACCUUUUGAACGAGCUGUCCUACGAGGCCAUGUGGACCGUCGCCCAGGCCCAGCUCGACCUGGGCCUCGGCGUCAUACUCGACUCCCCUCUCUCCAACCGGGCCCGCCUCGACCGCUUACUCGGGCUCGCAACCCGUUUCGGCGCCCGGGUGGCCGUGGUCGAGUGCAGGCCGAAGGACGAGGCCGAGUGGCGCCGGCGGGUCGAGGCUCGGGCCGGGUCGAGCUGUAACAAGCCGUCCACGUGGCAAGAUAUAGAGUGUCUUAUGGAGAGGUACGGCGGCUGCUGGGACUAUGAUGUCGGGGAUGAUGAUGUUGUGUCCAUGGUUGUGGACACUACAGCUCCUUUUGUGGCUAAAGAUUUGGUGUCCUCCCUCUCACAAUUUGUUCAUUGAAAAUGGCAUCUUGUACAAAUUGG